AUGUCUAGCGCCGAUGGGGACGCUAGCGACGGCGCCGGCGACCCAGCCGGCGACCCAGCCUUGCCCCGCGACGAGGACAAAAUAAUCUCCAAUCCCCCAGCUUCCUUCGCCGAAUUCAACCACACGUCGAAGUUUGGUUUCCACUACACCGAGGCCAGCUUCCAGUACCAACUCGCCACCAAACAUAUCAAGAGCGAGAAGUACCAACAGAAAGAAGCUUUCCCGCGCCCUGACGGAGUCGACCAAGAGGAGUGGAAGAAGUGCUUCAACAGUGCCGACAGCACGGUUUACAAGCAGCUUGGCAGCAACAAGGAGAAGUCGCUGGAUAGCCGCCGAUACCAUCACCGUACUCGAGAGGUAGCUGAGGAGAGACUGAGAGAUAAACUAUUUUCUCGUGGUCAAGGUGUACCUGGCCCCGCCCAACCUGAGGAUUUCCCCCCGCUUCCUCCUCCUCCUCCACCUCCCCCACCACCUCCUCCACGUGGUAAUUCGUCAAGCGUGAACAAGUUGGUCAAGAAACGCCCACGCAAGCGAAAACAACCAAAUUCACCUUCAUCUUCUGGCGAAAACAAUUCGAACCAGACCUCUGAACAACAACCAUACUUUCCUCCUCGUGGAUACGACCGUAAGAACAAGAAGAGCAAGAACAGCGAUCAUCACAACAAGAAACGUCAGCGCAUUCUUCGGAAUAUUGCCCGACCUACCAGAUUUAAAGGCACGUAUUCUGAUCCUUCUGACGAAGAAGACCCCGAGGAAGAUCACAAACAACCACCGCCCUCCUCUUCCCAGGUCAACUCGAGGACCCUUCCACAACAACCUUUGUUCAAUCCAGGUGCACACAAUCAAGCUUACAGAGAGGAUACAUCGAACCUUCGUACCCCCUUCAACAAUCUAUACUCUGGUCACAGAGAUAGUUCAAACUACACAACAUAUCCUGCGCACCUUGGCAGAGUCCACAACAAGCACCCCGCUGCCCCCAGAAACAAUUCAAGCAGCGCCCCAGAGCCGUCACCAUUCACGGACAAUUCAAACAUUGUUGCACAGCAACCAUCUCCUCCCGCCCGAACCAGUCAAGCCCAAGAAUAUCAAGCACCAGGAGGCUACCACUACGAACAAGGCAAUUGUUAUCCUGCUCCCCAGAACAAUUCCCAGAUCGGUGAAUCCCAGGCCGGUGAACAGUACCCACCUCGUCCCGGCAGAUUCGAUCCAAACCAAGGAUCCCAAGCAUCGAGAUUCAGCACCUUCAGCGAUCACUCUUCUCAUCACCAGAACAAUUCCCAGAUCGGUGAACUCCAGAUCGGUCAACAGCACCCACCUCGAUUCAAUCAAAACGAAGGAUUUCAAGCACAGAGCGCCAGCACCGCAGGCGAUUAUUCUUCCGAACCCCCGGUUGAUCAUCAGCUCCGUGAAUACGAAGCACUUUAUUUCUCCAGGGAACCCGAUCCAAACCAAGAAUUUCAAGCACCGGGAGCCAAUACCCCAGACAAUUACCAUUCUGAGCCCCCGAUCGAUCAUCAGCUCCGUGAAUACGAAGCACUUCAUUCCUCCAACAGACCCGAUCUGAACCAAGGAUUUCAAGCACCAGGAACCACCAAUUCAGGCAAUUAUUCUUUUGAUCUCCAGAUCGAUCCCCAGCUCCUUGCCCAGACUCCACGUUCUCCGCCCACCAGAACCAAUUCAGAUCAAGGAUUUCAAGCAACUAGAGCAAGCUUCUUAGGCAGUUGUUCUCCUGUCCCACAGAACAAUUCCAACGACACCCACGAGCAGUCAUCGUUCAAGGACAACUUUACGAUCGAUACAGAGAAAGCUUCCUCGUUCAAGAACGACCCAAAGAACGCCCACAGUCAGUCAUCGUCCAAGGCCAAGUCCAAGAACCGUGAACAGCAGCCUCCUUCUCCCGAGGACAAAUCCGAUAAGGCUCACGAGCGCAAUCCCAAGACAGUCACAAACAAAAAAAAUCCCUCAAAGAGCGGUCCAAAGAUCGCCAACAAACAAUCUUCGUCUUCGUCCAGGGUCAAACCAAAGUCCAGCGCAGAGCAACCUUCGUCGUCAAAGAAAGAUUCAAACAACGCCCGCAAACUGUCUUCAACCAAGGUCAAUUCUACGACCAGCGCACAUCAAUCUUCUUCACUCGGUUCCGAGAUCGCCGCUCAACCUCACUCAAGCAAAGCGAAGAUCGAUCAUUCUCACGAAAACAUGUCGUCCCAGGCCAAAAAGCAAAAAGGCAAGGCUGAUUACUGCGUGUGCAAGCAGGUCAGACAUGGCACGAAGAUGAUCGCAUGUGAAGGCGGAUGUGAGAAUUGGUUUCACGUCUCGUGUGUCAAGCUGGAGUGCGCUGACACAGACGGCGUGGCCAAGUUCAUCUGCGAUGACUGCCCGGGAGCGACGACCUACAAGCGGGUCUGCCGCCUGGAGGGGUGCAACCGUCCCCACACAACUCGCGAGAGUUUUGUGGGUGACGAUGAGGUCAUGAAGACGGUCGCCUCCAAGUAUUGCAGCUUGGAGCACCGCAACGAGUUCUGGGCGCGAACCGUUGGCGGAAUGGACCGUCUUCUGGCUUCCCAGUUGCGCUCCUUCAUGGCGCAGACCCCGCUUGGCGCCUUGAAGACGGCUGGCGACCAGCCAACCCGUGCGGUUCUUGGAGCUCACCAUGGUGGUGGUGAGCUUCGCGGUGAUUUUGUGGCAACUGGUCCCCCUCUCAAUGAGGAGGGGAUGUUCUCGUUGGAUACCAACCUUCGAGAUCGUUGCCACAAAAACAUCGCGAGGCUCACAGCUUCCAUGGCGCACUACGAGAACCGCCGGAAGCUGGUCGCCAUGCUCGUCAAGUACUCUGACGAGACGACGAAGGCGUAUGCGGAGGAGAACCAGAUCGUCGAGAGCGCCCCCAAGCGCGCCAAGGGCAAAUCGGGCAAGGGGACUGCUCGGACGAUCUGCGGGUUCGAUCCGCGCCUGUCGGUCUCGGCCAAUUGGAUCGAAAGAUUCAUGGCAACUCCCGAGGGAGAUGCGGCAUGGAAGUCGGGGGUGAUUGGGGAGCACACCAAUCCCGACUUCCAUGUUGAUGUCUCCCCGGAGUACUUCAAGGGGGUCUGCGUGGGGACUGGGGGCUGCCACCCCCAGUGGCUGUCGAUCGCCGUCGACGAGCCGAGGUACAACCUCAUCUGGUUGGCCGAGGACCUCGAGAAAGAAAACGACCAUCUCGUCGAGAUGGUCGAGCGCGUCCAGAAGCGCCUCGCGAUCGAACGCGAGCGCAACCAGUACGCCAGGGAGAGAGCGGCGGAGAUGACAGAGGAGAAUGCUGCGGAGUUCUUGCGCUCCUGGGAGACUUUGAAGGGUGACAAGAACAUCGUCUUGAGGAAGCUCCUGAAGAAACAUCAUCCCGAACACGCCACAGCCUGA